AUGGCUAAAACACACUCGUCAGGUGUCGACAUUUCGGGCGUGAUUGGCCAAGGUAGCUCGAAAAUCAAAAAGAAAAUUCGAGAUAUCACAAGACUUCUUAAGCGAGAUAACUUGGCCUCGAAUGUGCGACUUGAGAAUGAAAGAGCUUUGGAAGCACUGAAAUCAGAACUCGCUGCUGUGCAAGCAACCCUCAAAGCAAAAAAGCUUGCACAGAGAUACCACAAGGUUCGCUUUUUUGAGCGUAAGAAAGCAGUCCGUAGGUACAAAAGGGCUCUCAAAGAGCUCAAGGAAUUGGAAGCCAAAGAUGGUGACCCUAAAGCUAUUAAGAAAGAGAUCAAAAAGCAAAAGAAGGUGGUGAGACAUUGCGAAGUUGAUUUGGCCUACGUUCUGAAUUUCCCAAAAACAGAAAAAUACAUUGCAUUGUACGCUUCAAAUACAGAUACAUCAGGGCUGUCUGAAAAGGCGCUGAGAGGAAUACAAAAAACGGAGGCCAAGAGAACUGAGUACCGCAAGAAAUUUGGUGAGCUUUUGAACUCUGGGAAAUUAGAGGUCUCUUUAGAAGAUGGAAUCAAAAUAAUCAAUAAGGAAACCAUUGAUUGGACGUCCGAGCAGCCAGAGACUGCAACCGAUCAGAAGCAAACCGCCCCAGAAGACGACUUUUUCGACUAAUCACAUGUAUAAUAUCUAUAUAUGCUUCAAAGAUGCAGUAUUUCGGCAUCCAGAUACUUAAUUUGCGAGUGAAAUCUUGGGUCCAGUUCGUCCUUGGCAACCAGUCCAAGUUGGAUAAGGUCACCCAUAACCAUUCCCACUUUUUCCAAUGAGUAGUGGAGAUAGUCGAAGUUAUCAUCGUUGUCGUCACCAAUUUCUUCAACAGCUGCCUCAUCGUCCAAAUCAAUGUCUUCCUCGAUGGUGACGCGGUACACCUCUCCAUUUGGGCCCGUCUCGUACGCUUCCUUCAAUAGCACUGACUUUUCGCCGGAAAUAGAGCCUUUAGUGAUUACUCCCCAAAGGGCCCAGAAGAUGGAGUUGGUGGCUCUCCAGAUAAUUGUCUCAUUGUAUAAUUCGACCACGCGGGAGGGAAGCUCGCUUUCCUUCAGGUUUACCACUGAAGAUGACCGUUGGGUCAAAAAUGCGGGUGUGGUAGAAGAUCUGGAUUGGCCUGGUUGAGGAGCAAGAUUUGGGGUUGAAGAUCCGGGAACAUAAUUGACGUAAGUGUUCAAAAAAUUUAUCCGUUCUUCUCGAGUCGGAUACCUGUGAACCCUGAGCUUGUAGCUAUCGAUAGCGUGGUAGUUGGCCAUCCAUUCACAAAAAUGAUUGGUGAUGUCGUAUGCAGGCAAAUUUGGUCCAGCGUACUCAAAAUCAAUAACGACAAGCUUUUUGUCGUCUUUGUAGUUUAAGUCUGUAACUAAUGGGAGCGUUGUGUCUUCUGUAGAAAGUGAUAGAGAGGAUGUUUUUUGGGCCAAUGUCUCGUCGAGCGCCAUCGACUCAACGUCUGAGUCAUCCUCAUCAAAAGAUGGCUGGUUAUACUUAUUGUAGAAGAGCAAAUUACCGUACUGAGUGUCAUUGUGGCAGAAUUUCAGCUUCUCAUCAACAUUUAUGCGUCCACCGUACUGGUGAUAGAGCCAGUCUUGGUAUCUGGCAACAAUUUGCUUGAAGUGAGCCCAAGUGCACAUGAACACCUUUUUUUGGUCGUCUUCGGUGGCACUAGCUUCCAUCUCGUCCACUAAGUGAGCCCAUUUGCUUAUCAGGUUCCAUACUUUGGGCCCUUGAAGUUUUUCGUCAGAUUCUAAAGGAACGCCAUAAUGCAGUUCUUUCAUUCUUCUGGCAAUCAUGCGGCUCACUUUCGGCUCUCUGAUUUGCUCCUUGUUGAGUGUGAUGGAAUUGUUCAGGAAUUCCUCAAACCUGCCGUUGGAAAAACAUCCCAAAAGCUUGGGACCGAUAUUUCUUUGGGAAAGCCGCUGCAAAGUCAAAAGCUCGCUCUUUCUAUCAAUAAUGUUGUCGACAUUGGCACCAUAAAGUCUUAAAAGAAGCGGAUACAGGUUUUUGUAGGUCACCUUAUAGACACAAUUCGUCAGUGCACCGCUUAUACGUUGCAGCUCGAGAUUUUGAAGAGAAGCGCCAGUAAGAGGGAUUUUGCGCCAUUUUGGUAUUCGGAGGUUCUGUAUCACGGCAAGGACGUCCUGCUUAAAAUAGUCAAGAGGAAGAGUGUUGUCGAGUGUGGCUUUACUUUCGUAGAAUUCUGGCUCGAGAUAGGGGUCGUCAGCGAAUGAGAAAUCUGCAGAGAGAGGUCGCACCCCGGAGUGAGACGAGGACGAUCGCCUGCGUCUUGCCCUUCUUGAAAUGGAUCGUCUACGAUGCACAGAAUUAGAUGAGAGUUUUCUUGAGUAUCUGGGUCUCUCCAUUUUAAGAAAUCAU